UCCAAAGACUCCGCGCGCUAACUUCAAACGUAUCUCCAGAAAAGUUUAGAUCAGACUUAUUUAUUUUUUUGAUUAUUUAUCAUGUUGAGUUCGACAAGAAAAACUUUUUUUAUUUUAUAUUUGUUGAUUUCAUCUCGUGCUGCUGUAGACGAACGUAAAUUGAUUCGUGUACGCGGUGAUAUCAUUUUCGGCGGAAUUUUUCCGUUACACGAGCAAAUAAGGGCCCCCUUCAAAAUUCCGUGUGGUGCUGUUAAAGAGGAAAAGGGAAUACAACGUUUGGAAGCAAUGCUCUUUGCAAUUGACGAAAUUAACGAAAGCUACGAUCUUCUUCCAAACGUUACUUUGGGUGCGCUUAUAAUAGAUUCGUGUAGUAGUGAUACAUACGCACUUGAGCAAUCCAUGGAAUUCGUGAGGUCCUACAUGAAUCAGGACAUGUCUGAAAAUCUUUGUGAAAAUGGCAAGCCCCCUGUUUAUGUACCCCACAAACCUGUCACAGCUGUAAUUGGAGCAUCAUUCAGUGUUGUAUCCAUAAUGGUGGCCAAUAUAUUGAGACUUUUUGAGAGACCGCCCGAUCUUAUGGAAGAUAUUCCAUUGAGUCAGUUACAAGGAAUUUGGUAUCAACAUGAUGGUUGUCCUGCCCACACAGUGAGAAGUGUACGAGAAUUUCUACACUCAAAAUUACCCCAGCGCUGGAUUGAAUCAACUCGCUUCAGUCUGAACCAAACUCCCUCUACUCUCGAUUCAAUUUUCACCAGCCACGAGCAGAUGCUGACGGUUCCUCAGUUCCAUCCUCCUGUUGCCAAGUCUGACAACGUGGUGCUGACUGCUUCUGUCCAGGUUUCCAGGUUAAUAUCAGUUCACAGCCUAGAGCCAAGAGAAUUACUUACAGAGUCACAAAUUUUGAGGGCGUUACUGAGGAUAUGA